AGAUUAAGAAAGUUAUCACAUUGCCUCUUCUUGUUUUCACUCUCACCUGUAAUCAGAUGAUGAGAUAACGACUUGUGUUGGAGGAAAAGACUUCAUCAUUUUUUUGUUUCAUUAAAUGCUAAUGACAACUAAAUAAGUACAUCAAUUCGUGUGAUGUACUUAAAGACAGUACUGGUACUUUCCUUGGUUAUUUCCAUUUUGCGCUACACUGCAAAUUUUCAGAGGGAUGUGUGGUUUUACUCCAGCAUGGGUUAACUAAAAAUGUAUAAUAAUAUAGAAUAGUAAUAAUAUUGGUUUAUAUAUAUAUUCCAACAACAUUAAUAAAAUUCCACAAUUUUGAAUUGCCAUUUCCUAAAUACCAUACAUAAUGGUCCUUCAGGUCAACAUGUAACAUUUGCAUUCCGUCCCAUACAAAUAUUGAAGUACUUGGCACCCUAAAAGUUUCACCUGCAUUAUGCUUUUGCAUUAAUUUAAAUAUUUCCAUCACUUUUGGUACUUCUACUACAUUUUGGACACAAAGGACUUCACAUUUCUUUUAGAUUAGUUACUUUGCAGAUUUAGAGUAUUAAUACAAAAUAUGAAUAAUAUGUUAUUAACUGAGUUUGGUCUGAAUAAAGUGAAUAUAAUGAGCCCUAACUUUACCAGGUGCAAUUCUAAAGUAGUAAACGUACACUUGAUUGAUGCAUCAUUAUAAUCCAGUAUUGAUUCUAAAAAUGAGCCAUUCUGCAGGAUGUAUUGUUAGUGUGCAAAGGUUCCCAUGACGUAAUCCUGAGCCAGCUGUACUCGCUGUCUCGCGAUAUUCCGCGAGGUGCUAAGUUGAAGAAACAUGGCGUCGUCAAAUUUGUUAAGGAACAAAGGGUCCCUGCAGUUUGAGGACAAGUGGGAUUCGAUGCGGCCCAUCGUUCUCAAGCUGCUCAGACAAGAAGCCGUCACCAAGCAACAGUGGUUCGACUUGUUCUCAGAUGUCCAUGCUGUGUGUCUAUGGGAUGACAAAGGACCAGCUAAAAUCCACCAAGCCCUUAAAGAGGACAUCCUAGACUUCAUUAAACAAGCACAGGCUCGGGUGCUGAGCCACCAGGACGACACAGCCCUGCUAAAGGCCUACAUUGUAGAGUGGCGGAAGUUCUUCACCCAGUGCGACAUCCUGCCCAAACCCUUCUGUCAGCUGGAGAUCACGCUCAUGGGCAAACAAGGCAGCAACAAGAAAACAAACAUGGAGGACAGCAUCGUGCGCAAGCUAAUGUUGGACACGUGGAACGAGUCAAUCUUUUCCAACAUUAAGAGUCGCCUACAGGACAGUGCCAUGAAGCUAGUGCAUGCCGAGAGGCAAGGGGAGGCCUUCGACUCCCAGCUCGUUAUAGGAGUACGAGAGUCGUACGUCAACCUGUGCUCUAACCCAGAAGACAAGCUGCAGAUAUACAGGGAUAACUUUGAGAAAGCCUACCUGGACUCCACAGAGAGGUUUUACAGAACACAGGCACCGUCCUAUCUGCAACAGAAUGGUGUCCAGAACUACAUGAAAUAUGCAGACGCAAAGCUGAGGGAAGAGGAGAAGAGAGCGCUCAGAUAUCUGGAGACAUGUCGUGAAUGUAACUCUGUUCAAGCACUAAUGGAGUGUUGUGUUAAUGCCCUGGUGACCUCGUUCAAAGAAACCAUCCUUGUGGAAUGCCCGGGAAUGAUCAAACGAAACGAGACGGACAAGCUGCAACUGAUGUUUUCACUGAUGGACAAGGUUCCCAGCGGCAUCGAGCCCAUGCUGAAAGACCUAGAGGAUCAUAUUGUCCAUGCUGGACUAGCAGACAUGGUGGCUGCCGCCGAAACAAUCACAUCCGACUCCGAGAAGUACGUGGAGCAGUUGCUGACUUUGUUUAACCGCUUCAGUAAGCUGGUGAAGGAGGCUUUCCAGGAUGACCCUCGCUUCCUCACAGCCAGAGAUAAGGCGUACAAGGCCGUUGUCAAUGACGCCACAAUCUUCAAACUGGAGCUGCCUUUGAAGCAAAAAGGUGUGGGUAUGAAGACUCAGCCGGAGUCAAAGUGCCCUGAGCUCCUUGCAAACUACUGUGACAUGCUGCUGAGGAAAACCGCUCUGAGCAAGAAGCUCAGCUCGGAGGAAAUUGAGCUCAAACUCAAAGAAGUGCUCUUGGUUUUGAAGUACGUUCAGAAUAAAGACGUGUUCAUGCGCUACCACAAAGCCCACCUGACUAGGCGCCUGAUUCUGGACAUUUCGGCCGACAGCGAGAUUGAAGAGAACAUGGUGGAGUGGCUAAGAGAAGUAGGGAUGCCUGCAGAUUAUGUGAACAAGCUGGCCAGGAUGUUUCAGGACAUCAAAGUUUCAGAGGACCUCAAUCAGGUCUUCAAAGAGAUGCACAAACACAACAGGCUGGCACUGCCAGCGGACAGUGUGAACAUUAAGAUCCUGAAUGCCGGAGCGUGGUCGCGAAGCAGCGAGAAGGUUUUUGUCUCGCUGCCCACGGAGCUGGAGGACCUGAUUCCUGAGGUGGAAGACUUCUACAAGAGGAACCACAGUGGGCGCAAACUCCACUGGCAUCACCUCAUGUCCAACGGCAUUAUAACCUUUAAAAACGAGGUGGGGCAGUACGACUUGGAGGUGACGACGUUCCAGCUGGCCGUAUUGUUCGCCUGGAACCAGAGACCCAGAGAGAGAAUCAGCUUCGAUAACCUCAAAUUGGCCACGGAGCUGCCCGACGCAGAGCUUCGCCGCACACUCUGGUCUUUAGUGGCCUUCCCCAAGCUGAAGAGACAGGUGUUGUCUUAUGACCCCCCGGUCAGCUCGCCCAAAGACUUCACAGACAGCACGCUCUUCUAUGUCAACCAGGAGUUUUCACUCAUCAAAAACUCUAAAGUUCAGAAGCGAGGAAAGAUCAAUCUGAUUGGUCGGCUGCAGCUGACCACAGAGCGAAUGAGGGAAGAGGAGAAUGAAGGAAUCGUUCAGCUCAGAAUUCUCAGAACUCAGGAGGCCAUCAUCCAAAUCAUGAAGAUGAGGAAGAGGAUCAGCAACGCCCAGCUGCAGACAGAGCUGGUGGAGAUCCUGAAGAACAUGUUCCUGCCUCAGAAGAAGAUGAUCAAGGAGCAGAUUGAGUGGCUCAUCGAACACAAGUACAUAAAGAGGGAAGAGGCGGACAUCAACACCUUCAUCUACAUGGCCUAGGCAGAGAGCGAGAGAGAUAUAGAGUGAGGGAUGGAACGCUGCCUCGCUCGGCUGUAUUACUACUGGGCUACCGCCGUUUUAAAAACUUUGCGAGAGGAGAAGGAGCAAAAAGAAUGCAUGAGGGAGCGCGAGAAGUAAGGGGUGCGUUCAAGGAGGAGGAGCCUUGUCAAACAAUAGUAAUAUUUAUUUGUGUUUGUGAGACGCCUGUCAGUGUGUUACGGAGGUGAGAGUAAAGUCGUCCGACUGUCUGUAUCCCCUGCCCUCUGGUGUCUGAUCAGACGCGGGGAGAAACACCGUCUGCGCUUAGCGGCUGAGAGGAAAAGAGAUGGUGACAAAAUUCAGUGAAAUACUUCCUGCCUUUCUUUGUCAGUCAGGAACUGUGGAGAAGGAAUCACAAGGAGGUCCGAAAGAACAAAAAUAACUAGCUGAUGUCAAUCCUUCGCUUUCACUUAAUGCCAUCUUUGCGGCAGCCAUUUUGCAUACCUCCUUCUCUACAUAUGUCCUUUUUUUGAACUGGGAAUGCAAAAACAAUGUAAAGCUGCAAGUGAAAACUGCCAUUGAGGAGGAACGGACACCGCUGGAGACAUUAAAACUCCUGUUGCGUAUUUUUGCCAAAUUGUGUGUGUGUGUGUGUGUGUGUCUGCGUGUGUGUGUGGCGUGUGCGCGCCUUCAACAGCAUGCUGCUCUAUGAUUUUUGUUUGUUUGUUGGAGGAUAUGUCACACUUUGUGGUUGCGUCUAAGAACUUUGGGAAAUCCUGACCCACCCCCCCCUUUUUUUGAAAUUAUAAUAAUUCUUUUUUUCUUCUUCUUUUGUCUGUCAACGUGUGAACAACUGUUGACUGUGACUUAAUUUUGUGUCGUUCUCUGAUUCUUUUUCAAAUGUCCUUUUUCAACUGAACUUGCUAGGAAGAGGAAAGACAACAGUGAAUGUGUGGGAUUUAAUUUAAAUGUAUUUAUUCAGUAUUUAUGAAAUAUAUUGCUUUCAUUUAUUAAAAUGUUUUGUUUUUUUCAUGUAUUGUCUUAUAACAGAUGUUUUCUCAGCGUGCAUCCAUUGUGGUGACGCAGCAUUUCUUUCUUUCUUCUGCAACUCUGUCGUCUUAUGAGAAAAAGUUAGUGUUUAGCCAAAUUUGAUCUCCACCUUUACCGAUUUUGAUUCACACCUGCAGUUUGUCCAAAUGCUGAAAUGGCUUCCGUCAAUUUGAGAUAUCACUCUUCAAGCCAGAAAGAGUCAUUCUUGUUACUAGCCACUGUUCUGAGAAUGUGAAAGCUUCUUCUUUUUGUUUUCUGAUUUUGAAGUGUCGGGCUUGAGGCAAAACAAAAAUCGAUCCCAUUGUGCCAUUCUAUUCUUCAGGCACAGACCAUUUAGCAUAUGAUUGUGUGUUCCUAAACUUCAAAAUCAACAACUUUUGACACAGCUGUAACGUCAUGACCUCCACUCAUGUGAUCCUCCCAAAUAAGUCAGUCAAAAUCCUAAAAAAAUAAUUAUCUCGCUUAUCGCCUCCAUCCAGGAGGAGUAAUUUUCUCCUACAGAAAUGGUCCUAGAAUGCAAAGCAACAGAAAAACAAUCUUCUAUUAUGUUGUAUUUCCACAUCCUUGCAGGCAUAUAUGAUUGAAAUGAGCCAAAUUAGAGAAUAAGGCAUUCUGGGAAAUGUAGGUUAUUAAAGUAGAUGACAAUUUGUAAAACAUGCUGGGGGCAAAGUUGAUCCAUCAAUCUCUCUUAUAUCGCUUCAAUUUUAUUCUGCGUUUAGAGUUGAUCAGCAAAUGUAAGCAUGCAAGCAUUAAGGCCUCAGAGUGGUAAACGGGGUAAACAUUAUGCCUGCAUGUUAGCAAUGUCUAAUUCUCAACUCUUCGUCAGCAUUGUCUAAAAUGUGGAAAAUCGAUUGUAUGCAAAGAAUUAACGUUCUUUGCUUCAUAAAAGUAGAAUUUAUACCAGAAGAGUUGGAUUGCAUCACACCGGUCAGUAUGUAUGUGUAAGCAAUGGGGUGGCCACUGAGUAAAGAGCUCUCUUUUUAAAUGUUGAUUCAACUUUAAUUUAAUUUUUGUAUUUCUGGUACCGAAGUGUUUAACAAGCUGCACCGAAAAUAUAGUUUAUCUUUUUUGUAAAGCAUUAACAGCAUUAAAAGAUGUCACUUUCCUCCACUUUUUCUUUUGACAUACUGAACAUCUUGGUUUGCUGCCCUUAUUUAUUUUGCAUUCUACAUUUUGUUUAACGUUUAACAAUAGAUUCAUGUGUUCUGUCCAAUCAAUAAUCAGUAUUAGCUCGGGAAGCUGAAACCUCCAUUGACAUCUGGUUAAACUUCAGUCAGUGUUUUUUUUUUUAAAACCUUAGGAGCUGGCUUUGGUUGCUAUGGUUACUGUGUUUUCCUCCUUGGAUCCUUCUGUACCCGCCCUCCCAUCAGCACCGACCUUCCAGAGGCGGCCACUCUACCUGUAGCCUUGCAUCAUAGCGACACUUGAACUAAACACAGUCGCUUAAAAUCGAAACUAGACAAAUGUUUUUUCAUGCCAUCGAGGGAAGCUGUGGCGCGUCGGGUUGGUUAGAACGGGUUCAACUACUUUGAUGUGCUGCUUUGUUCUGCUUGUUACACUUUUUGAAAAGCUGAGUAUUUUAUUUUCUGGCAAAAAUAAAACAGUAAACAACUGUA